UACCUGUGCUCAGUCACAGUGCGGACCUAAACCCGGCAGCAGGCCCAUGGAGCCUGGGGCCACAGGCCACAGGGGACAAGGGCCAGACACCCUGGCCAUGGCUCUGGGCCAUUGAUCCAGCCCAGGCUGGCUGGGUGGGGGUAGGGAGACCUUGGCCUGGACAAACAGAAGCUCUGGGGCCUGCGUGCUGACCCGGCACCCACCUGCCACUCCCAGAGGAUGCCUGUGGCCGAGGCCCCCCAGGCAGCAGGUGGACAGGGUGAUGGAGGUGACGGUGAGGAGGCAGAGCCAGAGGGGAUGUUCAAGGCCCCCAAGAACUCCAAGAGAAAAGUCCGGGACUACCUCCGCCUGACACCGCUGUGGCUGGCCCUUGUCCUGCUGGCUUCAGUGGGGGUCCUGCUCUGGUAUUUCCUAGGGUACAAGGCGGAGGUGACGGUCAGCCAGGUGUACUCCGGCAGCCUCCGCGUGCUCAAUCGCCACUUCUCCCAGGACCUCGCCCGCCGGGAGUCCAGUGCCUUCCGCAGUGAGACCGCCAAAGCCCAGAAGAUGCUCAAGGAGCUCAUCGCCAGCACCCGUCUGGGAACCUACUACAACUCCAGCUCAGUCUACUCCUUCGGGGAGGGACCUCUCACCUGCUUCUUCUGGUUCAUUCUUCAAAUCCCCAAGCACCGCCGGCCGAUGCUGAGCCCCGAGGUGGUGCGGGCACUGCUGGUGGAGGAGCUGCUGUCCACAGCCAACAGCUCGGCCCCUGCCCCCUACAGGGCCGAGUACGAGGUGGACCCGGAGGGCCUGGUGAUCCUGGAAGCCAGCGUGAAAGACAUAGUUGCUCUGAAUUCCACGCUGGGCUGCUACCGCUACAGCUAUGUGAACCAGGGCCAGGUCCUCCGGCUGAAAGGGCCCGACCACCUGGCCUCCAGCUGCCUGUGGCACCUGCAGGGUCCCAAGGACCUUAUGCUCAAGCUUCGGCUGGAGUGGACGCUGGCCGAGUGCCGGGACCGGCUGGCCAUGUACGACGUGGCUGGGCCCCUGGAGAGGAGGCUCAUCACCUCGGUCUACGGCUGCAGUCGCCAGGAGCCGGUGGUGGAGGUCCUGGCGUCCGGCGCUGUCAUGGCGGUGGUCUGGAAGAAGGGUUUACACAGCUACUAUGACCCCUUUGUGCUCUCCGUGCAGCCCGUGGCCUUCCAGGCUUGUGAGGUGAACCUGACCUUGGAGGGCCGUCUGGAGCCGCAGGGCGUCCUCAGCACGCCUUACUUCCCCAGCUACUACUCGCCCAGCACCCACUGCUCCUGGCACCUCACGGUGCCCUCUCUGGACUAUGGCUUGGCCCUCUGGUUUGACGCCUAUGCUCUGCGGAGGCAGAAGUAUGACCUGCCGUGCACCCAGGGACAGUGGACAAUCCAGAACCGGAGGCUGUGUGGCCUGCGCACCCUGCAGCCCUACGCCGAGAGGAUCCCUGUGGUGGCCACUGCCGGCAUCACGGUCAACUUCACGUCCCAGAUCCCCCUCACCGGGCCCGGCGUGCAGGUGCACUAUGGCUUGUACAACCAGUCCGACCCCUGUCCCGGCGCCUUCCUCUGCUCUGUGAACGGCCUGUGCGUGCCCGCGUGCGACGGGGUGAAGGACUGCCCCAACGGCCUGGACGAGAGAAACUGUGUCUGCAGAGCCACAUUCCAGUGCCAAGAAGACAGCACAUGCAUCUCCCUGUCCAGAGUGUGUGACCGGCAGCCCGACUGCCUCAAUGGGAGUGACGAGGAACAGUGCCAGGAAGGGGUGCCUUGUGGGACGUUCACCUUCCAGUGUGAGGACCGCAGCUGCGUGAAGAAACCCAACCCACAGUGCGACGGGCUGCCCGACUGCAGAGACGGCUCGGACGAGCGGCACUGUGACUGUGGCCUCCAGGGCCCCUCCAGCCGCAUCGUGGGCGGGGCCGUGUCUUCGGAGGGUGAGUGGCCCUGGCAGGCCAGCCUCCAGGUUCGGGGCCGACACAUCUGUGGGGGGGCGCUCAUCGCGGACCGCUGGGUCAUAACAGCCGCCCACUGCUUCCAGGAGGACAGCAUGGCCUCCCCGGCACUGUGGACGGUGUUCCUGGGCAAGGUGUGGCAGAGCUCGCGCUGGCCGGGGGAGGUGUCCUUCAAGGUGAGCCGGCUGCUCCUGCACCCCUACCACGAGGAGGACAGCCACGACUACGACGUGGCCUUGCUGCAGCUCGACCACCCGGUGGUGCGCUCGGCCACUGUGCGCCCCGUCUGCCUGCCCGCGCGCUCCCACUUCUUCGAGCCCGGCCUGCACUGCUGGAUCACAGGCUGGGGUGCCCUGCGCGAGGGCGGGCCCACCAGCAACGGUCUGCAGAAGGUCGAUGUGCAGCUGAUCCCGCAGGAUCUGUGCGGUGAGGCCUACCGCUACCAGGUGACACCCCGCAUGCUGUGUGCUGGCUACCGGAAGGGCAAGAAGGAUGCCUGCCAGGGCGACUCGGGAGGUCCACUGGUGUGCAAGGAGCCCAGUGGCCGCUGGUUCCUGGCUGGGCUGGUCAGCUGGGGCUUGGGCUGUGGCCGGCCCAACUACUUUGGUGUCUACACCCGCAUCACAGGGGUGAUAGGCUGGAUCCAGCAGGUGCUGACCUGAGGAGCUCCCCUCCCUGCAGAGCUGGGGCCCACCACCUGGACGCAGAGAGUCCAGGGCCCCCACCAGACAGGGGAGCGAGUAUUCUGGGGGCAGCAGGGCCCCGUGGAGGCAGGAGGUGGCAUCCGUCGUCCCCCCAACCUGCUCCCUGACAUUGCCCCAGCGAUGGAGAUCAGCUGGUGAAGACUCCCCCUGCGCCCCAGGGCCUGGACGGUCAGCAGGCCCAGCUAGGGGGUUUCACGCCCGCCCUGUUGCCUCCUGAUCCUCUUUUCUCCUUCCUCUUCCUCUGCUGCUGACUUGGGGGGUUGGAGUCGCCCAGCAGUGAUCAUGGGGCUUCCGGGUCCUCAGAGGGGUGUCUGAGCUCCCCUCCGCCAAUGCAGAGAGUAGAGUCAGCCUGUGAACUUGAGGGGUGGGGAUGGGAGGCACCCCCGAGGGACCCCCAGAGCCCUGGAGACAGCCAAGUGAGCCAGCUGCCACCGUAAGCCAAAGGGUGGGGGGAGUCCCAGGUCUAGGGUCCUCACCCCACCCCUACCUGUCCCCUAGGCCUCCACUGCCCACUCCCACCUGGAAGUGAGUUCCACUGCCCUGUGGAAUAAAGCCGUCUGAUCUGA